UCUCCUUCACUCACUCACUUGGUUCCCGCUGUAUCUGCUGCUGCAUCAUCAUGAGUCCCGGGUCCCGGAGCCGGUUCUGGUUCUGCUGGUUUCUGCUGAGCCUGAGUCUGAACCUGAACCUGAGCUCAGCUCUGGAUCUUCAGGACCUGUUCGAGUUCGGCACAGAAGCCGGAGACGAGGACCUUCAUCCCGGGGAGGAUUCAACCGCCGAGCUGCGUCUUAACGGAUCCCUGUUCUUCUUCAGCGACCAGCACCAGCGGGUCUACAUUAACACUAAUGGAUUUGUGUCGGUGGUCAAACCUCCGGCAGAGACCGAGUACCUGGGGAAGAUGCCGGCCAAGUUCCAAAUGAUGGCAGCGUUGCUGGGAGACCUGGACCACAGCAAUGGACAGGGAAGCGUCUUCUACAGGCUGGACAGCAGCGAGGAUGCUCUGAGCCGAGCCAGCGGACACAUCGCUCAAGCUUUCCCCAGAGACAACAAAGCAAAGCCGCACAGUGUCCUCGUGGUCACAUGGGUCAAUAUGACCGCUCAGGGUUCACCUAGACCAGACGCUAAGAGAAACACCUUCCAGCUGGUCGUGGUCCUCAUGGAGUCGUCCUCCUGCGCCAUCCUCCUGUAUCCCACAGACGGCCUGCAGUUCCUCUACACAUCCAUUGGGGGUGAUAGAAAGCUCCUAGAAGCUGGAUUCAAUCAAGGUCUCGUGAACAGCUGGUUUAAUCCCAAGGGGACAUACUUCCAGACCACCACCGACAAAGAGACCUCCGUCAGGGAACUUACCGAGAAGACAAACUCUGGUCGAAAAGGAGUCUGGGUGUAUGAGAUUGGUCCCUCAGGGUUUUUAACCACCAUUAUACCAGGAAUUGUUCUGGAGGAGGAGAAGGGUACUACUGAAUCUCCUAUGACAAUGUUGCCAAGGCAACCUGAGGAGACUGACUUCACAACUUACCAAAUGCCAGAAGAAACUGAGACUCCCAAUGAGGACCAAACUGAUAACCCAGAAGACGAGACCAUCUCAUCUGGGAAUGGCAGACCAGAGACAGAGGAUGAAUUGGACCAGUUUGUGACAGAAUUCCCAGGAUUCAAGACUGUCACACCAACAUACAGCACCACAGAAACGGUUCGCCCAAGUUACUCAGACCAAACUGAGUUGACAGACCCUUAUGCAACUGAGACUAAAGUCCCCACAUUUGAGCCGCCGUACACCAGCCCUGAUCCCAGUAAACAAGAAUAUCCCAGAGUCCAGACAGGGUACCCUGAUCCUGUUCUGUCCCAACCACAAUACACCAGUCCUGAACCCACUGAACCUGAAUACUCCACAGUCAAGCUGGGGUACCCUGAUCCUGAUACGGUCCAACCACAAUACACCAGUCCUGAACCCAGUGAACCUGAAUACUCCACAGUCAAGCCAUGGUACCCUGACCUGGGUCCUGUCCAACCACAAUACACCAGUCCCGAAUCCAGUGAACCUGAAUACCCCACAGUCAAGCUGGGGUCCCCUGAUCCUGUUACGGUCCAACCACGAUACACCAGUCCUGAACCCAGUGAACCUGAAUACUCCACAGUCAAGCCACGGUACCCUGACCCAGAUCCUGUCCAACCACGAUACACCAGUUCUGAGCCCAGUGAACAUGAAUACCCCCGGUACCCUGACCCGGAUCCUGUCCAACCACGACACAUCAACCCUGAACCAGCCCGACCAGUGCCACCUCAUUCCCAUCCCUAUCACCCCCAGAUCAUUGUGGUGGAUGAAGAUGAAGAUCUGAACGUAAACGUAUUUGCGUACAAUUCUGAGACGUGUGUCCACAACAGGCACAAGUGCUCCGCCUUCGCAGACUGUCAGGAUUACAGCUACGGAUACUGCUGCCACUGUCGGCCCGGUUACUAUGGUAACGGGAAGGACUGUGUUCCAGAUGGCAAACCUCAGAGGAUGAACGGGAAGGUGAACGGUCGCAUGUUUGUAGGCGGGACUCCGGUGGAGCUCAGCAACAACGACCUGCACUCGUACGUGGUGAUCAACGACGGCCGCGCCUACGUGGCCAUCAGUAACAUCCCCAAGAGCGUGGGACCGUCGCUGCAACCUCUGUCCUCACUGGGCGGAGUCAUCGGCUGGGCCUUCGCCCUGGAGCAGCCUGAGUCCGAGAACGGCUUCAGUCUCAUUGGUGCCGUGUUUUCGCGGCAGGCCGAUGUUAUCUUUCAGCCCGGGAACGAACGUUUGAGCAUCAGGCAGAAGUUUGAAGGAAUCGACGAACACGACCACCUGGUGGUGAGCACAGAGCUGGAGGGAAGCCUACCCGCCCUCCCGCUGGGGUCAUCCGUCCAGAUCGACCCGUACAAAGAGAUCUACCACUACGACCGGAACUUGAUCACCUCUUCCUCCAACCGUGACUACUCCGUCACUUUCCCCGACGGCACCGUCGAGACCAGAAGCUACCAGUGGCGCCAGACCAUCACCUUCCAGACCUGCCCACACAACGAGGCCACCAGGGCGGCACUGUCCACCCAGCAGCUCAGCGUGGACCAGAUCUUUGUGUGGUUCGACGAGCAGAAUGAUCUGAUCCGCUACGCCAUGACUAACAAGAUCGGCCACAUCCACAGUGGCGCUCCGGAGCAGAAUCCAUGUUUCACAGGUCGUCACGGCUGCGACAUUAAUGCCGCAUGCAGGUCAGGUGACGGACUGGACUUCACCUGUGUGUGUAUGAGCGGCUUCACUGGAGACGGACGCUAUUGCCAUGAGGAAGUUCGUGCGGUCGAUCACUGUCAGACAGGAAGUCACGACUGCGACGUUCCUGAGAGAGCGGCCUGCACCUACAGUGGAGGCUCCGCCUACUCCUGCUCCUGUCUGCCAGGCUUUGAGGGCGACGGACGGGUUUGUCGAGACAUAGACGAGUGUCGUCACGGUCCAUGUCACCGCGACGCCUUCUGCUCCAACACGCCGGGCUCCUACGUCUGCCGCUGCCACCCUGGUUUCCAUGGCGACGGACUCCAGUGCAGCCCCAUGUCCACAGAGCGAGAGAAGACGCCGUGUGAGCGUCAGAGAGACUCCACCUCUGCCUCUGCCUUAGCCUCCGCCUCCACCUCCUCCCGAUUCUUCUCCUUCUUCCGUCCUCAGCCGGCCGUCUCCCAGUACGUCCCACAGUGUGACGAACACGGCUCCUUUGAGUCCACACAGUGUCACAGCAGCAUCCAGCAGUGCUGGUGUGUGGACGCUAACGGUCAGGAGAUCCCGAACACCCGGACCGGACCGGGCAGCACGCCUCUGUGUAUUGACCAGGCUGUGACUCCGCCCCCUGUGGGACCGACCCCCCGGCCUGACGUCCACCCUGUCGCUCCAGGAAGUGCCCUGCUGUUUGCUCAGAGUGGGAAAAUCGAACACGUUCCAUUGGACGGAUACGACAUGAAGAAGGACGAGGCCAAAGCUCUGCUGCACAUUCCUGACCGUGUGGUCAUCGCUGUGGCAUACGACUGUGUGGAGAAGAUGGUUUACUGGACGGACAUCACCGGGCCGUCCAUCAGUAAAGCCAGUCUGAGCGGAGGAGACGUCCUUCCUGUCAUCACUAAAGAGCUGCAGAGUCCAGAAGGCCUCGCCCUGGACCACGUGUCCCGCCUCCUCUUCUGGACUGACUCCAUGCGGGACACGGUGGAGGUGUCUAGGCUGGACGGCAGCCACCGCCGUGUCCUGUUCCACAGAGACCUGGUCAACCCUCGACCCAUCGUCGCUGACCCGGCGUACGGGCGGAUCUACUGGGCGGACUGGGACAGGGACGGACCCAAAAUCGAGAUGUCCAACAUGGACGGGACAGAGCGGACGAUCCUGGUGAAAGACAACCUGGGCCUUCCCAACGGCCUGACCUUUGACCUCGACACCCAACAGCUUUGCUGGGCCGACGCAGGAACUCGUGUGGUUGAGUGUUUUGAUCUACACCAGCGGCAGAGGAGGCGGAUCCUCGACGGGAUCCAGUAUCCAUUUGGUCUCGUUUCCUUUGGAAGGAAACUUUACUACACUGACUGGAGGAGGGAGGCCGUGGUCGCCGUAGACCGUCGCUCAGAGACGGAGACAGAAGAGUUCCUGCCACAGAAACGCUCGCGUCUGUACGGCAUCGCCACGGCAACCACACACUGUCCACAAGUUUAUAAUUACUGCGCCGACGCCGGCUGUUCUCACCUGUGUCUGCCCAGACACGGUGGCUUCACCUGCCGCUGCCCCGACGCCGUUGCCGCCAACGACCGAUGCGAAGAGAGAAACCCGUGAGAGCGCAAGAAAAACUGAAAAAAACACGUAACUGAAUCUGCGUUUUUGUUACUUUUCUUACUCAAAGUGAACGUUUUUACAGUGAACGCUGGUCAGACCUCACACUGUUUAUGACGUCAUGGUGAUGUCGUCUUGACAUCAUUGUGAUGUCUUCGUGAUGUCGUCGUGAUGUCACACUUCAGGUCACAUGAUCAGUGCGUAUACGUAAUCUUUCAAAUUUUGAUUUAGAUAUUUUUGUAAUGUCAGUUAUGUUUUUUAUAACGUUAAAACUUUUGUCUAUCAAUAUCACUGAAGUUACCACCCAGCAUCUUCCCAAUUUAUUUUUUUUUUACAAUUUUUUGCAAUUCUUACAAAGUUUUUACAAUAAUUAAAUCUUUUGUUUUUACAUAUUUUUACAAAACUUUUACAAAAAGUUACAAAUUUUGUAACAAAAAACACUGAACAUAAAAAAACUAUUCCAGUAGGCGGAGCUUUGACCAGAGGGCUGAUGGGAGGGAAUACUAGCAUUUCCACAGUGACUGACCCGAGCUUGAAGGCUUAUUCAUAAAGUAGAAAAGGUCGGAGCGUAAUCUUUCAAAUUUUUGUAACGUUAAAAACUUUUAUCAAAAAGAGUUGUGGUUAACAUAAGAUAGUGGGAGGAGUCACGCACUGAUCCGAACUUUAAGUUUAGCUUAAACAUUAUAUGAAAAAAAGAGGCGGAGCCUUCUUCCGUACUCGAUGUUACCGUGAUGAUUUUUUUUUUUUACAAAAUGUUGAUGUUACAAAAACACAAUGAACGAAAAAACAAAAAACAUGAAUUUUACCCAAAAAGAACUUGAGAUUUUGGGGCGGAGCUUUAACAGGAAGUGGAUACAGUGAGCUGUAUUUUUACCUGCGUCACGUCAGCUGACCUGCGGUGCUUUAAACAUGUGAUGUCACAGGUCACGUGUGUGAUCUGAUUGGCUGGGACACUUUUGUAUCCAAAUACGUAUAAAAUCAAACACUAAUGAAGUUUUUCACUUAAAUUAUUCUAUAUUUUAAUUUUUACACAAGUUUUCUUUCCUUUCACAAAACUGAUAUUUGACUAAAAAGUGUUUUUUUUUAUGUACGAGAUUUAUUGUUUUGUUUGUAUUUUUUAUAUGAACUUGUAAAUAAUUACCUGAUAUUCUCUGAUUUUAUUUUUUUUAUGGUGCUGAUGUUCACCUCACAUUAACUAAUGAUGUUGAUGAUCUGGUUUCAUGAUUAAUUUGUUAAUUAAAUACCAAAGAAAAAACAGUUUGGACACAAAACACAUUAUUAAAGGUGUGUAACUGUAAGAAAUACAGAAGUUAAUUUCUUCUUUUUCAAUUUCCAAAAAUGUUCCAAUUUUUUUUCUGACAAUUAUCUGGUUGUUAUUAUAUUAAACAGAUUUUAGUCACUUAAUAAAAAGCACUCUACAUCAGUUUAAGUCUCUGAUAUCUACGUCACAUGAUCACGUCUUCAUCUCACUGUUAAACUGAAGUUUGUAAACCACUCACUCUCCCACACCAAACCUCAUAGAGAAAAUCAGUGAUUUUAACAUCACACACACAGGAGUUGUUGAGUUCAAAUGUCUUAUUUUGUCACUUGAGAGUUUGAAAGUCUUUGUUCAGAUUGUCCUCAGUGACACAAAGUGACCACACGAGGCAGCAGUAGACCAACAGCUCCUGUGUCCAAGCCAGCUAAAAUCACUAGUUUAAAAACUUCAGUGUCCUGUUGGAAAAGUCUGUCUAACAGUGAGAUAAAGACGUGAUCAUGUGACGUAGAUAUCGUAGAAACUUAAACUGAUGUAGAUUUUAUUACAGGAGUCUUUCAUUAAAUGGCUAAAAUCAGUUUUUUAAACUUGUGUCUCUGCUGGCAGCAAGGGGGCGCUCUCAGCUUCGUCAGCACUGUGUCAGUAUCUAAUAUGACCACUUAAAAAGUCACUUGUUUUUAUAGCAUUUACCUUCUCGAGUCAUGCAUGGGGGUGGCGGCGGCGCCCAUCUUAGCUCACAUCACAAACCUUUAACCAUUUCAUUGUUUUAAAAGCAGAAGAUUUAAACUUAGCUCAGGUUUGUUUUUUCAUGAAAAUCUUUCAGGGAGGAAAAUCAUUUUUAAAUCACUGGUGAAGAAAUAAAUAUUCACCCAUUUACCUGCGACUCCUGUCCUGUGGGGGCAGUAGUGAGUACCCUCGUUAACCACCUGUACAGCCUCAAUAAAACAUUUUAACAAAC